GCUGUCAACGAGGUGGCUUUGGGCUUCCCCAACGUUGUGGUCUUGCCUCUAGAUGUGACUGAUCCCAACAGCAUCAGGGAGGCGGUCGGGCAGGUUCGGGCCAGGGUGGGGAGCUCUGGCCUCAACCUCCUGAUCAACACCGGGGGGGCCCCGCGCCGCAGCACGCUGGCCACCGAGACGCCCGAGAACAUGGCCCUGCUCUACACCACCAACACCAUCGGGCCCCUGCAGACCAGCCAGGCGUUCCUGCCCCUGCUGAAGGAGGCGGCCAUGGCCGAAGGGCAGGGUGAGAUGAGCUGCAGCAGAGCUGCCAUCGUCAACAUCUCUAGCAUCCUGGGCUCCAUCCAGGCGGCCGAGGCCUGGGAGGAGAGGCAGGACGUCUGCUACCGCUGCAGCAAGGCUGCGCUGAACAUGCUCACCAAGUGCCUGGCCCUGGAGUACGGGGGCAGCGGGAUCCUCUGCGUGGCCGUGGACCCCGGCUGUGUGACACCGCCCCUGGCACGGGGCACGGGUCCGGUGACGAUGGAGGAGAGCGUGCAGGGUGUCCUGCGGCUGCUGGCCCAGCUCUCGGCCACCAGCAACGGCACCUUCUGGGACUGGAGAGGGCAGAGCCUGCCCUGGUGA